AAAAGAGCCAGGCUAGGCACCGCGCUUUUCAUUAGCAAGUCGAUCCUAGACCGUUGACCAGUCUUGUUUGCAGUGUAGUGUAAAUACAUCUCCCAAACUUACAAAAUGGCCGAUCUCAGUGCUAAGGAUGUCGAAAGGGCAAACUUUGCCUUCUCCAUCUACGAUUUCGAUGGUAGCGGCCAAAUCGACUGCUUCAACAUCGGAGAUGUCUUGCGCGCACUCAACUUGAACCCAACUCAAGCCUUAGUCGAAAAAAUGGGAGGAACCAAGAAGAAGAACGAGAAAAAAAUGAAAGUUGAAGAAUUCCUGCCCAUCUACAGCCAGGUCAAAAAAGAGAAGGAAACCGGAUGCUACGAAGACUUCUUGGAAUGUUUGAAAUUGUACGACAAGGCUGAAAAUGGAAUGAUGUUGGGAGCCGAAUUACAACACACACUCUUGUCCUUAGGUGAAAAAUUGACCGAUGCUGAGGUUGAAGAAGUAUGCAAGGACUGCUUAGACCCUGAGGAUGAAGACGGUCAAGUGCCAUAUGCUCCAUUUUUAAGAAAAAUGUGCGACGGCUGGCAAAAGAAGGACUAAACAUCAAAAAUCAACUUGCCAUUCAAUCAAACUACUUUUUUUUUAAUUCGUACACUGUAAAUGAACCGAAUCAUAAACAUCAUAAUGUAAAGGAUAAAAAACCGAUCCUU